CGGCGGUGACGGCCGCGGCGGGCGGGCGGCCGGGCUGGCGGCAUGGAGCCCCGCGCGGCGGACAGCUGCUUCCUGGGCGACGUGGGUUUCUGGGUGGAGCGCACCCCCGUGCACGAGGCAGCCCAGCGCGGCGAGACGCUGCAGCUGCAGCAGCUGAUUGAGAGCGGGGCCUGCGUCAACCAGGUCACCGUGGACUCCAUCACACCCCUGCACGCGGCCAGUCUGCAGGGCCAGGCGCAGUGUGUUCAGCUGCUGCUGGCCGCCGGGGCCCAGGUGGACGCCCGCAACAUCGACGGCAGCACGCCCCUCUGCGAUGCCUGUGCCUCCGGCAGCAUCGAGUGUGUGAAGCUGCUGCUCUCCUAUGGGGCCAAGGUCAAUCCCCCGCUGUACACGGCAUCCCCGCUGCACGAGGCCUGCAUGAGCGGAAGUUCCGAGUGCGUGAGGCUUCUCAUCGAGGUUGGGGCCAACCUGGAAGCCCACGACUGCCAUUUCGGGACCCCUCUUCACGUUGCCUGUGCCCGGGAGCAUCUGGACUGUGUCAAGGUGCUGCUUAAUGCAGGGGCCAACGUGAACGCGGCGAAGCUUCACGAGACAGCCCUGCAUCACGCAGCCAAGGUGAAGAACGUCGAUCUCAUCGAGAUGCUCGUCGAGUUCGGAGGCAACAUCUACGCCCGCGACAACCGCGGGAAGAAGCCGUCCGACUACACGUGGAGCAGCAGCGCGCCCGCCAGGCGCCUGGAGUUCUACGAGAAAACCCCGCUGUCCCUGGCGCAGCUCUGCAGGAUACUUACGGGACAUCUGUUAUGUUUCGGGAGCUGUCAGGGCGCUUUGAACUGUGUGGGACUCAGGCUUACUACCCAACAAGGGAGUGAAGGGGUCUGUCCCUGUGGCGAUAGAAACCACGGAUUCCGCACCGUGAGGCUCGAGGUGCUCCCGGGAAAGUGCGCCCACCAGUGGGAACCUGGAUUGCUGUGCUGCGCUGCCAGAGGGGUCUCUUCGCAGUUCUCGGUGGGGCCGGAGAUCUGGGAGAGUUUCAGGGCUGCCACAGGUAUUUUCUGUCUCUGCUGUUUGAGCCGUUGCCUCGGUGAUGCAUCACGGACUGCUGCGAACGAGCCAUUCCCAUUCCGUUAGAGUCUGAGAUCCGAGUUGGGGCCAGUGGUUUUUGCACGUCCCAACCGUGACAAUGACACACCAAGCAUGGGAUCUGCCCGUCCAUCUCCGGGACCGAAGCUCGUCUCCGUCAGCAAACGCUGAUGACACUUCCUCACGCUGGGCACGGAGUGCAGAAUCAGACCCCGAACCCGCUGCUCAAUAAAAGUGGCUUAAUCGAGUCCGUCCUUAGGUUCACGUUGCCCUUUUGUUGGGAGCAGAAGCACUGAGUGGGCUUCCUCCUGUCGAGAGGGGCUGCUGUCAUCUUGUGUUUUGGAAGGUCAACUGAUGGGGCCCUGCCCGUCUCCCUGAUUCCCUCCUUCCUGCCUCUCCUUGUCUCCUAGUGUGGACGACAGUGCUGCCCUCAGUGGGGACACACUGCCCGAGGGAUCAGAUGACUGAGGUUUUAGGGCCUCUUGUACCCCCCCUCGUCCCCCGGCUUUAUUGAGACAUAAUCGACAUGGAACCCGCCUGAACCUUUAGCAGGGCUGUGACCGUGGGCACAUUUCUCUGCUCCUCGGAGCCUGGGUGUCCCUAACUGCAGCAACAGAUGGAGGAGGCUCAGGCUCCCACCGUUAGGACAUUGAUGAUCAACUCCCGACUCUUACGUGUUUGAAAAUGAGGCCCCGAGAGCCUCCUUUGUUUUUGUGAAGGUGAAAAAUAAGGUGAUUAAAAGAUG